UGUACAGUGUUUUCCUCUUUUUUUCUUUUGAGUAUGACAUUAACAUUAUUUAGUUGUUAAUUUUGUAUGUAUAGAUUGUUUUAGUUGUUGUUGAAAGUUUUUAUUCUCGUUAACAAAUAAUUCCGACAAUAAUUCAAAUUUGAAAAGCCUUUGUUUAACAAAAAAAAAAAAAAAAAAGUUGUUUAACGUAGUGUUAAAAGUAACGUAGUAGUAGAUUGGUGUUUAAAAAAAGUCGCAAGUAAAUGUCAUUAUGGUUCGCAAUCGAAUCGCCGUUGUGUUUGUGUACAUUAAGUCGAAAAAAUUUUGGUUAAAUCUGAAGUGAAAAAUUCAAUGUGAAAAUACGGCAAAGGUUCUUGCUUUUUAAAACUAUUUGUAAUACUAUUAAAUUACUUUUUAUUCAAGGUUUCGAAUUAGAUAUUCCACGCUUAUAACCUGAUCAUGUAAUGCUAGAUUAAUUUUGACAAUGACAACAUUGAAAAAUAAAUGUCAUCGAUCUCUUUCAUUUGGAAUAAUUUCUUUUGCAAUAGCUUUGUCCUUUUCUUCGCUGCUCACAAAUCACUGGUUUGAAGAGCUUUCAAGACCGUUGAAAGUAGUUUAUCAUAAAGGAUUAUGGAUCGAGUGUUAUAUAUUUUAUGUCAGUAAACUCAAUAGAACUGCGUUUAACUCGUCAAUGUCCGCAGCUUUAAAUAGUUCUACUGGAACAGAAGAUAUUGAGAUUCCUGAACAAAGUUUAUGUCAAAAGAUUGAAAACGAGACAAGAGAUGAACAGAUUGUUCGGGUUUUGUUUAUAUUAAGUAUUUGUUCUCUGUGGCUUUCGUUGAUGACAUCACUGAUUGUGUGGAUAAUAAAGAGAAGCUUUAACAUGGAUAUUGUAUCAGUGAAUGUUUUUUUUGCAAGCAAUCUGUCUAAAAGUUGGCGCAUUGUCACUUUAUUACGAAGUCAAUCGCGCUUAUUCAGACUUUAAUUAUCGUUACGCGAUGGGAUUUUCAUAUAUGUUAGGCUGGUUAAGCUUUUCUUUACUAGUAAUCGCAAUUACACUGGCCGUUUUAUCUCGAAAAAACGAUGAACGUAUUUAGUUUAUGUUUAAUAUUAUUGGUAUAAACUCUAUUUAGCUGAAAAAAUUCAAAUUUUUAUUUUA